CGGUCGGUAAUUAUAGCGUCGGCAGUCGCCGGCCCGCCUCUUGGCCGCCGUCCAUCGCGACGCGCACGGCCGUUUGGCGGAAAACGGGAAACCGAGAGUGAUCGGUCGGGUCGGGCCGGAAGCGGCCGGAGCGGCGGCGGCGGCGGCGGCGGCGGCGGUGUGCCCGAGGCGGUCCAGGUGGUGCGGCUCCAGCGCAGGCCGGCCCCGGUGCCAGCAUGAACGCCUCAGACGAACAAGAACCGGUCCAGGUCCGAUUGCAGCCCUGGAGCAUUAAAUCCAACGCCAGCUGCGUCCACUACCACCGGAACUCAUGGGACGGAUCAGAGCCCUUCUGUGCGGCCACCUUCGACAACAUAAUGUGCUGGCCUCCGUCAGAGAGUGGCAGCACGGUAAAACUGCCCUGCCCUCCGUUCAAAGGCAUCGACCCCUCUAAGUUCGCCUACAAGUCGUGCUCCGACGACGGCCGGUGGUCGGGCAAGAGUCCUGACGACUUCAGCCGACCACAAGGCUACACCAACUACUCCAACUGCUUCCUGCCCGUGCUGAAGAACCUGCUGGAAAAACUUGGCUCGGAUGAGGAGCGCAAGUUGAAGUUCAUGAUCGCCGAGGGGACCAGGACAAUGGAGCUCAUCGGCUGGUCCAUCUCUCUGCUCUCCCUGCUCGUCUCACUCUUCAUCUUCUUCCACUUCAAGAAGCUGCAAAACCAUCGGACGCGCAUUCACCGCAACUUGUUCGUGGCCAUGCUGAUCCAGGUGCUGGUGAGGCUGACGGUGUACGUCGACCAGGCCAUCGUGCGCAAGCCAGACGUCGGGGACCACAGGCGCGGUAUCGACAACACGCCGGUUCUCUGCGAGACCUUCUACACGAUGAUCGAGUACGGAAGAACCAGCAUGUUCAUGUGGAUGUUCAUCGAGGGCCUGUAUCUGAACAACCUGGUGUCAGUUCCAUUUUUCCAAGGGCCUAUCAGCUACACGCUCUACUACCUGCUCGGCUGGGGUCUCCCCAUGCUGAUGACGGCGCUGUGGGCGCUGGUCACUGCCAUCUACCACCAGACGCAGUGCUGGUGGGGCUACAGCUUCACGCCCUUCUACUGGGUCCUGGAGGGACCGCGCUUUACGGUCAUCGCGGUCAACAUCCUGUUCCUGCUGAACAUUCUGCGCAUUUUGAUAACGAAGCUCAGAGGGCCGCACGAGAAUCCCAGGGAGGCGGCCAAAGUCAAGAAGUCGGUGAGGGCGGCUCUCGUGCUGCUGCCGCUGCUGGGCAUCACCAACUCCUUCAACAUGAUGACCUCGCCGGUGCAUCGUUCGCCGCUGGAGUUCGGCCUCUGGAGCUACAUCACCACCUUCCUGCGCUCCUGUCAGGGCCUCUUCGUCUGCUGCAUCUACUGCUUCUUCAACGACGAGGUGAAGCGCACCCUGCGCCACUUCUGGCGGCUGAAGGCGGCGGCGCGCCGCGGCGGGCGGCGCCGCUCGACGCGCACCGCCUCGCUCUUCGACAACCCGUCGCUGCUGGAGCUGGCGCGCCGCGAGACAGGUCUCGCCGUGCGGCUGCACGCCUCGCGCGACUCGCAGGUCACGCUGUCGUCGGGCCGGCGGGCGGUGGUGGGGCUGGGGGUCGGCCGCGAGCAGGCGGAGCUGUGA